GAGAUAACCACAGAUUUCGAAAUUAAGAAGGCAAUUACUACUCUACAUAACAUUAACCAAAAAAAAACAACCUAUUUUCCACAAAAGGGUUUUUAAAAACAGAUGACUAUUUCAAAACAAACAAUAAUCAAAUUGAUAAUAAUAACUUAAAAAGUGAAGUUAAAUAUUGAAGGAAAACUGUUUGGUCAUGUUCAUAUUAGGUCAUCUUGAAACAUGUUUGCUCAUCUUGAUUUUCUUCUACGGUGCAAUGAACAAAGCUUCUGAAGGAACAAGCUCGGAAGUUGCUUUGAUUAAAUUUUUAUUCAACAAUGAUGACAAAUACAGCAACGAUGCAUUGCCUAAUUUACCUGGAAAACCAGUUAAUUUGACAAUUGAUAUUUCUUUACGGCAACUGUUGAUGUUGUGCAGAGAAAGACAUUCAAGGAUUUGACCAGUACGGAAAAACUCGAAUAACUAUUUCUAGUAACGGGCAGAUAGUUUGGUUAAUGCCAGCUAUACUGCGAAGUACUUGCAAACUUGACAUGCGUUUCUUUCCUUUCGAUGAACAAAUUUGUAAUCUAACGUUUGGAUCAUGGGCGUAUGAUCAAAGCCAAAUUGAUCUUUUUCCAAAAAAUCCAACUGGUUCUUUAGAUUCGUAUGUUAUAAAUGGGGAAUUUGUUUUGAAUAGCUUCGUAUCUGUUCGGGAAUCUAAAAAAUAUUCUUGCUGUCCAAAUCCAUUUGUGACUGUGACGUAUAGACUUUACCUGCAGCGUAAAGGAAAUUUUUAUUUAUAUAAAAUUAUUCUUCCUGGAGUUUUAAUUUCUUUAUUAUCUUGUUUUUCUUUUAUUCUUCCACCAUCGACUGGCGAGAGAACUGGUUUGGUUAUAACAAACUUUCUUUCAUUAUCUGUUUACGUGUUAAUUGUAUCUGAUUCCGUGCCACCAAGUUCGGAUACAUUACCUCUGCUUGUAAAAUUUUAUACAAUCUUGAUGAUCGAAAUAGGAUUGGCACUAUUGACAAACUGCAUUAUUAUCGGUCUAGAUGCAAAAUCUGUACCCGUACCAAAAUGGGUUUGCGUACUUUUUUUAAAUAAUCAUAAAAAAAACAUUUUUCGCAUGAUUAAAAGAAAAUUUUUGUCAAAGGCUUUUAAUGUUGUUGAAACAGGUAAUAGCAAUUCAAUCCAUAGAAAUAAUUUUGAAAUGAGCAAAGUAGAUAAAGACAAAAUCAAAUUAGACAAAAAAGAGGAAAUUAAUUUCUUAGAGCUUAAUGACAUCCUUGCAAAGAAGUUAAAAUAUACUUCAAAUGUUGCGGAAGAAAACGGCGUUGUUUCGUCAAAUCAGAAUUACAAAAUUAAAGGCAAAUGGAGUGAAAUAAACAUUUCAGAAUUGAAAUCUUUUUACGAGUCUAGAAGAGAUGACAAUGAUGUAAAUUAUCUUGAAAAAAUAAACGAGUAUUUAAACAUAAAAGUUCGAGAAAAAAACAUUCAACAAGAUUGGAUAAAAGUAGCUAGGUCAAUUGAUCGACUAUUUUUUACGUUAUUUGCAAUAAUGAUAUUAUGUAGUAGUGUUUAUAUUUUUUCAUACGCUUCAAAUAAAGUUUUCUAAAACAAAA